UGUAGACGAAACGGAAGCUGACUCAAAUAUGGCGGCACCUUUACCGCCUGAAGUCGUUCGGGGCCAAGCAUUCGAUGUAGGACCUCGCUAUACGAAUCUCAGUUACAUAGGAGAAGGGGCUUAUGGAAUGGUUUGUUCAGCGCUGGACAAUGCCACAGGACAGAGAGUGGCUAUCAAGAAAAUCAGUCCUUUCGAGCAUCAGACGUACUGUCAACGGACAUUGCGAGAGAUUAAGAUAUUACGUCGAUUUAAACACGAGAAUAUCAUCGGAAUAAUGGAUAUAAUCCGCGCUCCAAACAUUGAUGACAUGAAAGAUGUCUACAUUGUUCAGAGCCUGAUGGAAACAGAUCUGUAUAAGUUACUCAAGACACAGAAAUUGAGCAAUGACCACAUUUGCUACUUCCUAUACCAGAUCUUGCGUGGACUAAAGUACAUCCACUCAGCCAAUGUGCUUCACAGGGAUUUGAAACCAAGUAAUCUCUUGCUGAACACAACAUGUGAUCUCAAGAUCUGUGACUUUGGCCUGGCCCGUGUAGCUGAUCCUGAACAUGAUCACACUGGAUUUUUGACUGAGUAUGUUGCAACAAGGUGGUACAGAGCUCCUGAGAUCAUGCUGAACUCCAAAGGUUACAGCAAGGCUAUUGACAUCUGGUCUGUGGGCUGCAUUCUUGCAGAGAUGUUGUCAAAUCGCCCUCUGUUUCCAGGAAAGCAUUACUUAGAUCAGUUGAACCGCAUUCUUGAAGUUUUGGGGUCCCCAUCACAGGAAGAUUUGCAGUGUAUUAUGAAUGAAAAGGCACGUAGUUACAUCCAGUCAUUAGCCUUUAAACCAAGAGUUCCAUGGCAAAGAUAUUUCCCUGUAGCUGAUAACAAAGCUAUAGAACUGUUAGAUAAGAUGUUAACUUUCAAUCCCGACAAACGGAUCACAAUAGAGGAAGCUCUGGCUCAUCCUUACCUUGAGCAGUACUAUGACCCACAAGAUGAGCCUGUGGCUGAGGAGCCAUUUAGAUUUGAAACUGAGCUGGAUGAUCUUCCCAAAGAAAAACUUAAAGAACUUAUUUUUAUUGAGACUGCUAGCUAUCCUGGGUCACCCUACCUUGGUGACUUUCACCAUGGCCAACAGUGAGGCAUAGAAUGUGAUAUUUGAAGAGGAAGACUUCUAUAAAUCAACUUGUACAACAACCUAAGAAGUGAAAACUGUGAAAUUUUAUUGUAAAAUUUAUACAUGUAGUUUUUCAUGAAGAUUAGAAGGUGUGUGACAUGGAGUAUGUUCACAAUCACUCCUUUGUCAGAAACUUUGCAUUCAUAUCUCUGUAAUAUAUUAACAGUGAUUUUUUUUGCCUAAUUUUGUAGUAUCAUGUAAAGAUGAUUAUUGCCUUCCUUUUGCUCUAGCAUGGCUUGCAAGCUGGGUUCCUUAGUUUCAUUCAAUCCUUGUUUGGUGGCCCUUGAGAAACUUGAGAGAGGGAAACAACUUAGGGUUUUUUCGGGAGUGAAUGAAAACAAACCCACCUUUGUUUAUGUACUGUCCAGUCUAUGCUUAAAUUGUUGUGGUAUUUAUGAGCUUUAUUACCUUUUCGUUGUGGGUACAAUUUAAACGUCUCAAUUUAAUCAACACUGUUCAUCUGAUUUGUGUCUGAAUUGUUUGCAUUCAGUGUACUAUCUAAAGGUUAAUUCAAACUAAAGUGUAUUGGUAAUGAGAACCAGGAAAGCGACAGACACUAAACAACAAUUGCAUUAAAAUUAUCAUUUUAGGGGAA